AACAUGGCCUCCAUGACGGAGCGACCGCUUCAACUUUAAUUUCUCGCCAGUUUUCUGACUAGGACCCGCUGUUUUUCCCCUUGCACGACCACCAGGAAUGUUUGUGCGGAGCGGCCGGUCAUGGCAGACCCGUGAAGCAGGUGUAAUCUCGGGCAGAAGUUCGCCGUUGGCUCCAAACACGUCGCUCUAAGUUGCUGGGGAAGCUGGAGAGGAAGAAGAAACCCGCGUCGAACCAAAUGCCAUCUGAGGCUCAGGAGCCUCGAGACAGAGGGCCGCCCCCUCCCGUCACCCGGGCCGGACGCAGCGCUCAGCUGGCCAAAGCCGCCUCUGAGAAACGGCCCCGUGGGCGACCCCGGAAAGACGGGAGCAAUGGCCGCGCCGCGCCUCCCACCCCUCCUCCUCCUCUUCCCCCGCCUCCUCCACCCCCCAAAUCCAGGAAGAAGGGGCGGAGCCGAGGCCGAGCACAGGUGGAGGAUGAGGAGAGCCCGGAUGCCACAGAAAGGAGAGGACCGCAGAAGACAGAAACAAAGGAGGUAAAAUCGGCCAAGGAAGCAAAGGAGUUAAAAUCGGCCAAGGAAGCAAAGGAGUUAAAAUCGGCCAAGGAAGCAAAGGAGUUAAAAUCGGCCAAGGAAGCAAAGGAGUUAAAAUCGGCCAAGGAAGCAAAGGAGUUAAAAUCGGCCAAGGACGCAAAGGAGUUAAAAUCGGCCAAGGAAGCAAAGGAGGUAAAAUCGGCUAAGGAGGUAAAAUCGGCAAAGGAGGUAAAAUCGGGCAAGGAAGCAAAGGAGAUAAAAGAGGUCAAGGAAGCAAAGGAGGCGAAAGAAGUGAAGCAGGCGAAGGCACCAGGACGUCGGAGAUCCACCUCCCGGAGGAAAUCCAACACAAACGCUGACCCUGAACCUGACCCUGAACCUGACCCUGAACCUGACCCUGAACCUAACACAGAGUUCAGCAAGAACCGGCUCAGUCCACCACCUGAGCCAGGCCCCGACCCCACAGUCCCUCAGUCUAACUCGGAACCAGCUCCUGGUACUGAAGAGGAGGACAGAACCAGUCCUCCUCUUGUCCUUCCCCUCCCAGACCCCAGUCAUGGGGUGGGCCCUCGACUUAGUCCGCUGUCCCCAUCCCCAGACGUAAUCCCGGUUUAUCCUGACAGGCUACAUCCUGAACCUGUAGAGGAGGACCACCCCAGGGUGAGCCACGGCCUCGCCGCCAUGGAGGUUGACUUCAGUCCCAGCAGGGUUGCCAUGGAGACAGAUGGGGGUGGGGCCAGUCCCACGGAGCAGAGUCCUGCCUUGAGUCUUCGCUUCAGUCCUCCGGUAUCCCCCUGCCUGCGCCUGGAGGACGAUGAUGAGGACUCUCUGUCCCCUCUGUUCCAGCGGUCCCUUUCCGAGGACUCGGGGGGAUCGCCCACCCCCAUCCCAGAACACGCCAAAAAACGGCUCAAACAGUGUGCCUUCUGUUACCGCGGUGAUGAGCCUCCUCUGGGCCAGGGCCGCCUGCUGGUGUUCGGCCCGACGCCGGGCUACAUACCGCUCCACAUCCUCAACCGCCGCGCCUCUUCCGACCGGGACAACGACUGCCAUGACCACUGUUACCGUGGCAACCAGGCCCCAUCUACGUGCAGCAGUCCAGAUCAAUGUGAGGACGAGUCUUCCUCAGAGUUCAUGAAGCAGCUCGGACUUAUCGGCCUCCCACAUGACAUCAGCGUCCAAUCACUGUUUGACCCCACAGGUCAGUGCUGCGCUCACCUGCAGUGUGCCACCUGGUCAGAGGGUGUGCGUCGCGGCGAGGGCCAGUCAUUGCUCUUCGUGGACAAAGCCAUCGACUCAGGAAGCACUCAGGUGUGCGCAUUCUGCCGGCAACUCGGUGCAUCGCUGCGUUGCCAGGAGAUGGGCUGUGGGCGGAGCUACCACUUUCCAUGUGCAGCUGCUGCUGGAGCUCACCAGGACUGGAACCAGAGACACACACUGUGCACAAGACACACACACACAGGAUCCUUGCAGUGCGUGUCAUGCUCUGGCAGCGCCGAGCCCGGCGGCCUGCUGAUGUGCUGCUGCUGCGGUAACUGUUACCACGGCAGCUGCCUGGACCCCUCUCUGACGCCCUCCCCUCUGUGUCGGGCCGGAUGGCAAUGUCCUCAGUGUCGAGUGUGUCGCAGCUGCAGGUCACAAGAGGACAAGGGUGUUCUGCUUGUGUGUCAGCGUUGCGAUAAAACUUACCACACACAUUGCCUCACGCCACCUCUGGAUCACACACCGGGCACUCGCUGGACCUGCAAGAACUGCAGAGUCUGUCGUCGCUGCGGUGUAACGUCAUCAGGCCAGUGGGCCAAUCACCCGUUUCUGUGCGAGUCAUGUGACCCUGCCCUGCCCUGCCCUCUCUGCGACCACACCCCCAACCUCUACACACCACAGGAGUAUCUCACCUGUACCUGCUGCUAUAGGUGUGUCCACGUAGAGUGCUUGGGCCAGGCUGGGGAGGGCAGGGCGGGGUCGGAGGGUUACAUCUGCUCCACCUGCAGUCUUCAGACGGUGGAGUUAAUUUCACACAGUCCCACUGCAGUCCAGCCCAUAAUUCAUACCCCAGCCCUGCCCACUGUCAUUUCACAUCCACAAAUUCCUUUUUGCACUGAGGCUCCACCCACCAGUCCUACUGGGGACAGUCCGGUCCAGAUCCUGUGCUCAGAAGCUCCUCAGAGUCCAUCCAAGGCCAUUUGUGUACAGGCACAGUAUAAUCUUAGAUCAUCUCAACCGGCUUCCAUGGAGAUCCAACACACUCCACCUCUUACAGAUUUGCAACAAGGGCCUUCACAAUCUCCAUCAGAACACCAACAAGGUUCUCCACCAUCUCCCAAUAAACACCAACAAGAAUCUAUACUGUCUUCUACCAGCCUUCUAAAAGGUUCUCCACUAUCAUCUUUAGAUCAAAAACAAGGUCUAAUAUCUAUCAAUGUUUUUCAAGCAAGUUCUGCUCCAUCCUCCAAACACAUUUAUGGGGGUCUUGAAGGAAACCCAACAGAUCUUCAAAGUCCUGCACUGUCUCCCACAGAAGUCCCAACAAGCCCAUAUCAUGAAGAGCACCAUCAAAGAUCUAUGCCAUCCACUGAAGGUGUCAAUAAAAUUCCAUCAUCUCCCACAAGUCUCAGAGGUCUUACACCAAUUUCUGGGGAGAUCCAUCAGAGUCCUACACCACCUGCUGAAGGGGUCUACAAAAGUCCUGUACCAUCUCCCACAAAUCUCCAACAAGGUCCUGAAUCAUCUUCUGAAGAGUUCUGUCGAACCCCAGCACCAUCUCCUGAAGAGAGCCAUCAAAAUCAUGAACAGUCAUCCACUAACAGUCAUCAAAGUCCAGAAGUAGCUGCUGGGGCGAUCCAUCAAAGUAUGUGUCUGUCUGCUGAGGGCAUACAUCAAAGUCCAGCUCCAUCUGCAGAAAGGAUCCAUCAAAGCCCGGGACCAUCUUCUGAGGUCAGUCAGAGUCCUGCACCAUCAUGCAUAAAUGUUCAACAAGGUCCUGAACCAUCUCUUCAGGAGAUUCAUAAAAGUCCAGCAGCAUCAAUGCCUGAACCGAUCCAUCAAAGUCCCGCUCCAUCUCCAGAGAAGAUCCAUCAAAGUCCCGCCCCAUCUCCAGAGGAGGUCCAUCAAAGUCCUGUCCCAUCUCCAGAGAAGAUCCAUCAAAGUCCCUCUCCAGAGGAGGUCCAUCAAAGUCCUGUCCCAUCUCCAGAGGAGGUCCAUCAAAGUCCUGUCCCAUCUUCAGAGAAGAUCCAUCAAAGUCCCUCUCCAGAGGAGGUCCAUCAAAGUCCUGUCCCAUCUCCAGAGAAGAUCCAUCAAAGUCCCGCCCCAUCUCCAGAGGAGGUCCAUCAAAUUCCUGUCCCAUCUCCAGAGAAGAUCCAUCAAAGUCCCUCUCCAGAGGAGGUCCAUCAAAGUCCUGUCCCAUCUCCAGAGAAGAUCCAUCAAAGUCCCUCUCCAUCUCCAGAGGAGGUCCAUCAAAGUCCUGUCCCAUCUCCAGAGAAGAUCCAUCAAAGUCCUGUCCCAUCUCCAGAGAAGAUCCAUCAAAGUCCCUCUCCAGAGGAGGUCCAUCAAAGUCCCUCUCCAUCUCCAGAGGAGGUCCAUCAAAGUCCCUCUCCAUCUCCAGAGGAGGUCCAUCAAAUUCCUGUCCCAUCUCCAGAGGAGAUCCAUCAAAGUCCCGCUCCAUCUCCAGAGGAGGUCCAUCAAAGUCCUUCUCCAUCUCCAGAGGAGGUCCAUCAAAGUCCCUCUCCCUCUCCAGAGGAGGUCCAUCAAAGUCCUGCUCGAUCUCCAGAAGAGGUCCAUCAAAGUCCCUCUCCCUCUCCAGAGAAGAUCCAUCAAAGUCCCGCUCGAUCUCCAGAAGAGGUCCAUCAAAGUCCUGCUCGAUCUCCAGAGGAGGUCCAUCAAAGUCCGGCAUCAUCUCCAGAGGAGGUCCAUCAAAGUCCGGCACCAUCUCCAGAGAAGAUCCAUCAAAGUCCCGCUCGAUCUCCAGAAGAGGUCCAUCAAAGUCCGGCACCAUCUCCAGAGGAGGUCCAUCAAAGUCCGGCACCAUCUCCAGAGGAGGUCCAUCAAAGUCCGGCACCAUUUCCAGAGGAGGUCCAUCAAAGUCCUGCUCCCUCUCCAGAGGAGGUCCAUCAAAGUCCCGCCCCAUCUCCAGAGAAGAUCCAUCAAAGUCCCGCCCCAUCUCCAGAGAAGAUCCAUCAAAGUCCCUCUCCAUCUCCAGAGGAGGUCCAUCAAAGUCCGGCACCAUCUCCCACAGAUCUCCAACAAGAUUCUGCACCAGCUUCUGAAGAGAUCCAAAACGGUCCUUUGAAAUCUAUAAAAGAGUUCCAUCACAGUCCUGCGUUAUCUCCCCAAGAGAUUCCUAAAAGUAUCGUCUUUUCUCAGUCUGAACCAGCAGGGAAUGAGGAAUGUUCUACCCAGACCCACCCUGCACCUUCAGAAUAUCCGGGUAAUGAUUCACUCACUCGCACAGAACCAAAAGAGUGUAGAACAAGCUCCUCAUCCCUCAGCCAUGAUCACGCAGAGUUGCAGGACGGUCCAUCCUCACCUCAGUCUGACUUUACAAAGCAUCAGGGCCAGCAGAGCCCAUCUCCUCACAGUCCGGUAAGGUGCCAUCAUAGCCCCACAAAGUUUCAUCCUGGUCCCACACAGCUUCAGAUAAGUCCAAGAAAAUCACCUCUUCCUUUAGAGCUGGACCAAACUCCUACUCACUGGACGUCCACACAGGCUCUUGAAGGUCCUCCUACUAGCCCAACGCUGAAUUUCACGGAUCAGCAGUAUCCUCUACAGGUUAAUUUAGUGGUGGAUGUAGCACCACCUCCACAGAGCCCUCCAACACAGAAUCAGACCCAGACAGGGCUCAGUCUGACUAGGACUUGCCAAGAACCUUCAGACCGUCAGCACAGACCUUCACCACACAGUCCUUCACAGGAUGACAAACAUCAACUUAAAAGAUCACAUAGUCCUACAAGCACUAACAUCUCACAGUGGGAGGACAGUCCUUCUCAAGGUCAACCUGGUCCUGUACCAGAUAGUCCUCCACAGCUUAGCACAUCACCUGCCCAGUGUCCCACAAAAAGAGCAGAAUCCACACUGAACCAGGAGAACGCUGAAUCAUGCCCUUCACAGGACAUGCCUACACUCAAACAUGACAUUCCCCCUGACUACUCCAGGUACACUGGGAGAGUAACGCCACACAUGGAACAGAAGUCCAGAUCAGCUCCAUGUAGCCCAUCUCCGCCUCCUGGUAGACCAAGAGCAUGCAGUUUAUCACAGCUGGGUACUUCAGCACACUCCCAGUCUGCAAAGGAUGUCGGGCUUCUUGAUGGCAGCCUGGUUCCCUCUGAGGUGGCUCUGCAGCCCGCCCCCACUACAGAACUGUGUCUUAGUCCUGAUGGCCAAACACUGGAACAGAGCCCUGCCCCUCUGAGCUCCAGCUCUAACCUGUCCCUGUCUACAGCACCACCUGCAGAAGGUAGCUCUGAGCACCUCUGCCCCCCACACAGCCCCGCCCUCCAGACACCAGAAAGCCUUGAUCUCAUCAGCACCUCACUGGAACACGGUAGCCUGACUUCCUCACUUUGUGUGCAGGACAUGGAGGGAACUCCUUCCCCUGUUAUUCCAGUUUACCAGUGUCCUGGUGACAGCCCGUCACUUUGCCUGGGGGAUAUUAAAGCAGCCAGUGGUAGUCCCACACCAACUAAUCCAAUGCAAAGGAGCCUGGCGAGCAGUCCUAUUAGCACUUGUGAUAGCCUCAGGGAGACCAGUCCUGCCCACUUCAGCCCUGCUCCUGGUGAAACUGACCCCCCAAUACAAUCAGCUGGUCCUUCAUCGGCUAAUUCAUCUACACAACCACUUAGCCCCACAACAGCAUCUGAGAGACACGGCACAGAGCUGGCCCCACCCGCCCACACCAUCUCAUGUCAGGAUUUAGAAACUUGUUCCAGCCACCCUGUUAGCCCAGUCCUCAGCAUCCCUGAGGAAACUGAACAGAGAACCACUCCCUCUGUUUGUAGUCCCACUCACGUUCAGAGUUCCUGCAGUCCUUCACAAGCAAGCCCUCUGCCAAUCCCCUCCAGUCCUCAACACUGUCCUCAGACUGAUCCUGGUCUAGCUGAUUCCUCUGUUAGCCACAGUACGAGAAGCAACCCCUCAGACCAUGAUGUCCAGGGGAGAAUCUGCUCUGAAAGUGUAAAUCUUAGCAUACUACAGUCUAGUCCUGCUGGUCAAGCUAGUCCUGUUCAGAUGGUGCUCUCAGGCCCAGAGCAAGUCCAGACACCCUUAUCCCCCAGCCCAGCAGAGAGCUACUAUGUACCCGUCAAAUGUGCUAGCCCUCCUCACAGUCUUGAAAUACAACACAACCCCCAUCAUUCCACUUGCAACACUGGAACCAGUCUUGGCCUUACUGGAGCACAACCAAGUCCCAUUUCUGCUCCAGAGACGGGCCUGGUGGCUAGCCCCCCACAACAAAGCCUGUUUCAGCCCAGUGGACUUCAGCUGGAUACUAGUGACAUUGAGCCUGCCGCACAUGAUCUGCAGAUGAGCCCAAUACCUGUUGGCUCCACACCUGAUGACUCAUCUGCUGCUAUCUCUAGCCCUGCAGGUCCCGAGCUGGACUUGCCUCUCAGACCCUCACAUGAACGACCAGGUUCCCCUGCUCCUACUGCUCAGACUCCUCAGAACCACAACAGCCAAGUCCAUAACAGUCCCACUAAGGGGAACACUGAAAUGCCUAUCACUUCCCUCGCUAGUGAAGCACUUGCCGAUCUCUCAGACUCCACCCCUUCAUCCCUGGGUGCCCCUAAAACAGUCUCCACUUCUGUGCUACAGGUUCAAGACAGCUCUGUGCAGAGUAGUCCAGGUGCCAGUCCUCUUUGUGGCCUUGUCAGUUCAGCAAGUUCUGGAUCUUCUGGUUCUGCACAGCCAGAUCUUAGUUCUGGGCAUGGUCUUGAUUCUGGACCUUCUACCUCCUUUGAGUCAGAACCCUGUCCUGGACCUGCAAGCCCUGUUGAGUUAGAGCCUAGUCCUGGACCUGCAAGCCCUGUUGAGUUAGAGCCUAGUCCUGGACCUGCAAGCCCUGUUGAGUUAGAGCCUAGUCCUGGACCUGCGAGCCCUGUUGAGUUAGAGCCUAGUCCUGGACCUGCGAGCCCUGUUGAGUUAGAGCCUAGUCCGCGACCUGCGAGCCCUGUUGAGUUAGAGCCUAGUCCGCGACCUGCAAGCCCUGUUGAGUUAGAGCCUAGUCCGCGACCUGCAAGCCCUGUUGAGUUGCUGCCUAGUGCGCGACCUGCAAGCCCUGUUGAGUUAGAGCCUAGUCCACGACCUGCAAGCCCUGUUGAGUUAGAGCCUAGUCCGCGACCUGCAAGCCCUGUUGAGUUAGAGCCUAGUCCGCGACCUGCAAGCCCUGUUGAGUUGCUGCCUAGUCCGCGACCUGCAAGCCCUGUUGAGUUAGAGCCUAGUCCACGACCUGCAAGCCCUGUUGAGUUGCUGCCUAGUCCGCGACCUGCAAGCCCUGUUGAGUUAGAGCCUAGUCCGCGACCUGCAAGCCCUGUUGAGUUAAAGCCCAGUCCUGGACCUGCAAGCCCUGUUGAGUUAAAGCCCAGUCCUGGACCUGCAAGCCCUGUUGAGUUCGAGCCCAGUCCUAGACCUGCAAGCCCUGUUGAGUUGCUGCCUAGUCCGCGACCUGCAAGCCCUGUUGAGUUGCAGCCCAGUCCUAGACCUGCAAGCCCUGUUGAGUUAGAGCCUAGUCCGCGACCUGCAAGCCCUGUUGAGUUAGAGCCCAGUCCUGGACCUGCAAGCCCUGUUGAGUUAGAGCGUAGUAUUGGAAAUGCUAGCCAUGUGGAGGCAGGGCCCAGUCCUGAUUGUGGUCUUGGUCCCAGACCUUCUAGCUCUGUGCAGCCACAGCCUAGUACGGGUCUUGAUCCUGAUGGCCCUGUCCAUGCCUCCUUUGGGCAGUCUGAAAUUGGUCCUGAUCCUGGUUCUCCUAGUCCUCUGCAGUGUUUUUCUGGUUCUGGUCUUGUUGGCCCCCAACAGCACACUGAAACAGAAGUGGAGCCUCUGGGUUCUGUGGAGCCUCUGGAGCCUGUGGAAGAGCAGAGGAAAACUCAAGAGAAGCCGGAAGAGGAGAGAGAAGCUUCAGAUGAGGAAGAGGAAGAGUUUCAUCUGACUCAAGAGAGUCCAGAAGCAGACGGGAAGCUAAUGAAGAAGUCUGAGAGGGUAGAAGGAGCCAGUGAGGAGGAGAAGAAUCAGCUCAGAACUGUUCCAGUCUGUUCUCCAGGAGUCCAGCUGAUGGAGCAUCAACAGUCUCCGGCUGUGGGCUCCCCCUCUCCCCCAACUCCUCUCUCCCCCCAUCUUUCCAUGCCACAGUCUGCCUUACCCAUUCAUCAGGCCUCCUCCUCACCCAGCGCCCACCUCCUUCCUACACCGCAGUUGCCUCCUUCAUCUCCAGCCUGCUUUCUGGAGGCCUCACCCUCCUCUCCUCACAGGGAUGCCUUACCGCCCUCCUCCCCUCAGAGCCUGCCUCCUUCCACAGAGGAACACCCCCAGGACGGCAAAACCCCCAAUGAUGGAGAAGGAGAGAUGGCGAAAAAAGAGGAGGUCCGGCUUUUGAGUCACCAUAGCCAAUCACAGAGCCUGUUUGAACCUGUCACCGCAGUGACGGAUCCCGCCAAAGAUGAACACCAGUCACACACUGCGCCUUCGAAGAAAGACGAGGGGAAACUGGAGGAACUGCUGACUGCCUUGGACGCCUCAGCCGCUUGUCUUGAUGUUGCUAAGCAACGGCCAGUAGGUGAUGAGCCGGAGGAGAGCCCUCUGAGCCCUGAUCUGGACCCUGAUCUGGACCCCUCUUUAGAUGUGGAGGUGAUGGCGCUGAUGUCCUCCUCUGCUGCCCGAUCACUCCUCCAUCUGUCGUCCACCAGCCCACCUCUCUCCUCUCGCAGGGGGGAGAGUCGCAGCCUCCGACCCCCCCCAUGCUCCGCCAGACCUUCAGACGACCUCUCCAUCCGUCUCAGGCAGUCCCCGUUCUCCACCGAGGCCUCCCCUGAGACUUCCCCGGCUAGACCUCCUGUUACGCCCCCUCCUCUCACCCCACCCUCGCCCCCGUCCAGAGAGUCUCCACCUCUGUCCAAGGCCCCUCCCACCACCGUGCUCCCCCUCACCCCCAAGAUCGGCAUGGGGAAGCCUGCCAUCUCCAAGAGGAAGUUCUCCCCUGGCCGAGCCCGGGUCAAACAGGGUUCGUGGUGGAGCAGUCGCAGGGCCACCAGCCCCCCCUCGUCCUCCCAGGAUUCCAUGGGGGAGGGAGGGUGGUGCAGCCCUAAGCCCCGUCCCCCGGACUCCCCCCUCUGGAGCAUGAGAGUGAGUCGAGGUUCAGGGUUCCCAGGCCGGAGGAGGUCCAGAGGAGGAGGAGGCAUCGGUGGAGCAAGAGGAGGGAGAGGAAGAAGCCGGAUCAAGGCCCAAGAUAGUUUGACUGUGAUGCCUGCAUGUGGCUACGUGGAGCCGUUCCAGCCAAAGGAAGAAGAGGAGAACUCAAUGCACAACACGGUGGUGAUGUUCUCCACUUCCGACCACUUCACCCUCAGACAGGACAUGUGUGUGGUGUGCGGUAGCUUUGGUCAGGGAGCUGAAGGCAGACUCCUGGCAUGCUCUCAAUGUGGACAGUGUUAUCAUCCCUACUGUGUCAACGUCAAGAUUACACGGGUGGUCCUGACCAAAGGGUGGCGCUGUUUAGAGUGCACGGUGUGUGAGGCGUGUGGCGAGGCCAGUGACCCCGGGCGACUGUUGCUAUGUGACGACUGUGACAUCAGCUACCACACCUACUGCCUGGACCCGCCGCUCCACACGGUCCCCAAAGGAGCCUGGAAAUGCAAGUGGUGUGUGUGGUGUGUCCAGUGUGGCUCCACCUCCCCCGGCCUGCACUGUGAUUGGCAGAGCAACUACAGCCGCUGCGGCCCGUGCUCCAGCCUGAGUCGGUGUCCUCUCUGCCAGAGGCCGUACGCCCAGGACGACCUCAUCAUGCUGUGCCAGCAGUGCGACAGGUGGUUCCACGCCGUCUGUCACGGGCUGACCAGUGAAGAGGAGGUGGAGGCUGCUGCUGACGAAGGCUUCGACUGUUCGCUGUGCAGGACCCAGGGCCGCAGCUCCUACGGGAAGUCUGAAGCUUUGGCUUCCUACGUGCCUCAUAUCAUCUCCAGGAUCAGAGAACCGGACACAAAGACGUACACGCAGGACGGGGUGUGUCUGACCGAGUCAGGCCUGUCUCACCUGCAGGCGUUGGUGGAGCCUCUGACAUCACCGCGCAGGUAUCGCAGGUGUAAACCCAAGCUGAAGCUGAGGAUCAUCAACCAGAACAGCGUGUCCGUCCUGCAGACCCCACCAGACCAGGACCUCCCGUCUGAGCAGGACCAUAGCAGAGGUGAGGUGGAAUGUGACAUGAAAUCUGACUCUAGUCCUGAGCGGGAUCACGGCCAUGAUGAUCUCACCAAGGAGCCAGAGGUUACCGACGGCAACAAGAAGAGGAAGAGGAAGCCCUACAGGCCUGGUAUCGGGGGGUUCACGGUGCGCCAGCGCGGAGGGAAGGCUGCUCCCUGCAGGACGGAGCUGAGCAGGAAGGACUCCAUGGAGAUGCUAGCGGCUCGGGACAAAGGUGUGCUGGAUGCCGACGUUGCUAUGGAGACGGCAGCGGCCGAGCAGGUGAUGGAGAAGGGGAAGAAGCGGUACAGGAAGAAGAAGACGAAGCUGGAGGAAGCCUUCCCGUCUUACCUCCAGGAGGCCUUCUUUGGUCGGGAUCUUCUGGACCGCAGUCACCACGUGGAAAAGAGGACAGGGCCAGAAACCACGAGCAACAGCCAAUCAGAAGUCAUGACAGGUGACACAAAAGGUCCGGCCCAUGCUUUACACAUAUCACCCCCACCCGGGCUGUCCAUCAGCGCCAUGGCAACCACCAAGAAGCAGGGACAUCUGCCCAUGUCGGAGGAAGCUCUGGUGGAUCUGUCCGACGUCCUCAACACCGACCCUCAUAUUCUGGCCACGGGACACACAGGUCAAUUCCAGGUGGAACGCUCCCCCUCUCCAUUUGCCGGGCUGGACAUCGGCUCCAUGACCAACGACCCGUCCUUGUCCUCCGAGCCGACAGGAAGUUGUGGGCGUGGUCAGAGGACGGUGCAGGACGAGACUUUGGACGCCAUCUUGAGUCCAGAGCUGGACAAAAUGGUCACGGAAGGUGCCAUCCUCAGCAAACUGUACAAGAUCCCAGAGUUGGAGGGGAAGGACGUGGAGGAGGUCUUCACUGCUGUUCUGAGUCCAGGCGACGCCCACCAGCAGCCAGAACCCAGCCAACACCCUCAUGCUGGGAGCCAGGGCCACCCACACAGCUCAGCGUUUCCACGCCAUCCGCUCAAGAACGGCCUCCUGGCUGCUUCUGCUCAGUAUCCCGGUUCUCCCAUGAUGCCUGGCGGGGCCCAGGGCCUGGCCAGCUUCAGGAUGCCGGCCCCCGGAGGGCCCAGCCUCGCUCCCGGGCAGGGCCCCGCCCCCGGCCUGGGCCCCGCCCCCGGCCUGGCCUCGGCCAAUCAGUCAUCGGCAGGAGAGGGGGAGCAGGACGCUCUGUCCACCGCUCAGAGGAGCAUGUUGAAGUGGGAGAAGGAGGAGAGUCUGGGAGAGUUGGCCACCGUCGCUCCAGUGCUCUACUGCAACACCAACUUCCCUCAGCUGAAGCUGCAGUACCCAGACUGGUCCACCAGAGUGAAGCAGAUUGCCAAACUGUGGAGGAAAGCCAGCUCUCAGGACAGAGCGCCCUACGUGCAAAAAGCUCGGGACAAUCGGGCCGCUCAGCGCAUCAGCAAGGUUCAGCUGUCCAACGAGCCACUCAAACGUCUGCAGCCGUCCCCACAGCAGCAGCAGCAGCAGCAGCAGCAGCUCCAGCAGCUGCAGCAGCAGCAGCAGCAACAGCAACAACAGCAGCAGCAACAGCUGCAGCAGCAACAACAACAACAACAGCAGCAGCAGCAGCAGCAGCAGCUGCCGCCACCGCUAGCACCGUACGACCCCGUCUCCAUGGAGACGGACAUGAAUUUCAAGGAUCCACUGAGGCCCAGAGAGUCGGAGCAGGAGCAGGAGUGGAAGUUCAGACAGCAAAUGCGCCAGAAGAGCAAACAGCUGGCCAAAAUAGAGGCUACGCAGAAGCUGGAGCAGGUGAAGAACGAGCAGCUGCAGCAGCAGCGGCAGCAGCAGCAGCAGCAGCGCCUCUCUGGAUGUCUGUCUCCAGAGACGGGCAGCAACAGCCCCCUGACUCCCACCCAGCAGCCUGCGGCGGGGGGCAACGUCUCGCCCCUGCACCCAGCUUCCAGCCUCCGACCCGCUGACGAUGUCUUCCUCAGACCCCAGGCACCUCCUCCGUCUGGCAUCUCCUCACUGCCUCACUCCCCCCAUGCUUCCUCCCCUCUCCACCAGCCUCCAUCCUCCCCUCAGAUGUUCUCCCCACCCUCCUCUCGUCCCUCUUCACCAUGGGAUCCCUACAGUAAACUAGCAGGGACACCUCGCCCAACCUCCUCCCAGUCGGGAGGUCCCCCGACCCCCCAGCAGCAGCUCCGCAACUCCCUGGGUGCCUCCCCAGCCCACGACACCAUGGGCUCUCCGGCGCCUUCCCCGGAUUCCAAAACCCCUGACAACUCCUGGGUCCAAGGACACCAGCCAGGCCUGCAGCAGAGCAGAGAGGGGAUGAUGAGCCCCCCCUCCGGCUCCAACCCGGACCUGUCAGUCAGGCACGUGGGUGCCCGGCCAGCCGACACCUACCCGAGGACCAACGUCCGCGUGGGCGUCUCUGAGCCGCUGGGGCGGGGAGGUGACCUGGUCUACACGGGGGUCUUCAAAGCCCCCAUGCCCCCCCAGCAGGAGGUGUUCAGCAGCCCCGGGGGAGGGGGGAGGAAGGACCCACCUAGACCCACAGACCUGGGCUUCACGUUGGCCCAGUCCCAGGAGCCUCCCUUCCCCUCCAGUCCGCUGUCCGGCCUGGGCUCCCCCCACCGCAGCGCCUACGCCCAGGCCCCCGGCACCCCCAGACCGGACUACAGCCAGCAGAGCAGCGAGCUGUUCUCCCAGCAGUCCCCUCUGAGCUCCCGGCCCUCCCCCGACCCCUACAGCAACCCCCAGACCCCCAGCACCCCGCGGCCACACUCUGACCCCAGCUACCUCACCACUCCACCUGCACUGAGACUGGACCACUAUCAGCCUGCCGGCCCCCGCCCGUCCCCCACCCACCCCCAGCUGGACUCCUACGGCUCCAGUCCGGGGACGCCGCGCUCUUCUGAACGCUUCCCUCGCUCGCCGGGGAACCAGCGCGGCGCCGAUCCUUACUCCAAGCCCGUGGGGACGCCGCGGCCCUCGCCGGACCCGUACAUCCAGCAGCCCUCCACACCGCGGCCUCAGAAGGGCCACGAGUCCAUGAGCCAAGCUCCGGUGGAGAGCUACCCCCCCCAGACGGCAGCCUGCGGCUCGUCCCCCCUUAACUCUGGACUUUCUGCAGAAACGGGGAACUACGCGCAAACGCACCACCAGGUGCAGCGCUCUCCAGGAAAACAGCAGCAGCAGCAGCAGCAGCAGCAGGAUCCGUGUCCCAGAGCUCCCAGCAGCCAAACCCCCAAGCACCCUGGCAUAUCUGAGGAAAGUGGCUUCCCAGGUCUGGCCAGUCACACUCAGGGUCAGGCCGCCUUUGAGCUGGGUCACAUGACACCCACAUCUGCACAGACGGACAAGACGGCACCCAAUGAGAUCUCUACGCUGAGCAUGGCAGCUUUAGACGGGCCGUUGAGCAUCCUGCCUCAGCUCGGAGACUCGGAGGAGAAGCUGAGACAGCGCCAGCGGCUCCGGCAGCUCAUCCUGAGGCAGCAGCACCAGAAGAGCGCCUUACGGCAGGAGAAGGGCCUGCAGGAGGCAGCCGGACCUGCUGCUCCCUCCUCAGCUGGUCCUGCCACCCCCCUCCACAGCUGGCCCCAGCAGGAGGGAUCCUCCCCUGCUCCUCAGGCAGACCUGUUCGGACGUCCUCCGCCCCCAUACCCCGGUACCAUCAGACCCGGCGGAGCUCCUGCCCCGAGGUUCCCAGGGGGGUUCACCCCUGGAAACGCUCCCUUCCCCAGACCAAACCUCCCCAGAGACCUGGGGGUCAAAGGUCCACCCGUGAGAUUUGGUUCUCCUCCGGGAGCUCUGGCGGUCCACCAGGACCCCUUCCUGUGCCAGCCCCAGGAGUCGCUGGCUGGGAUUAACACCAUGGAGGGAAACCUCGUCCAGAUGAGGAGACCCAUGCCCUCGGAGUUCAGCAGUGUUCGACCUUUGACCCACGGCCCCGGCCCACACUUGAUGCCAGGUGGCCCUCAGCCGUUCCCCCCCCGCUCCCUGGCCAUGCCGCACCUCAACAUCAUGCCCUUCAUCGAGCUGCGCCACCGCGCCCCCGAGAGCCGCCUGAGGCUGCCCUUCCCCGACCCCAGGGCUCUGCUGCUGCACCCCAGGGACCCCCAGGCCGCCCUGCUCAGGCCGGGCCUGGCCAGGAUGGGGGAGAGCCUGCUGGGCCAGCAGAUGGUGCUGGGGGUGGCGGGCCUGGAGCAGCUGACCCAGCAGGACCAGCAGAACCUGGGCCAGGGCAGCGACGCGGCUCUGCCCGGCGUGGACGGGAUGGAGGAGCACCUGGAGGGGGAGGACUCGGCCGUGAAGGACCUGGAGGACGUGGAGGUGAAGGAUCUGGUGGACCUCAACCUGAACCUGGACCCGGAGGACGGGAAAGACCUGGACCUGGGUCCCAACGACCUCCCCCUGGACGACAUCCUGCUGUCGGGCAAGUUCGACCUGAUCGCCUACGCCGACCCCGAGCUCAACCUGGAGGACAAGAAGGACAUGUUCAACGAGGAGCUGGACCUGGGGGACACGGUGGAGGAGAAGGACGGGGGCGUCUGCAGGAAAGGUGACCAGGUCCAAACACUCCUGCCGGAGCAGCUGAAGCAGGAAGUGAAGGAUGCUGGGAAGAUGGAGGCUCAGCAGCACCCUGAGGCCCCAGGAGCCCCCGCCCCCAUCGGCAAGGAGAAGCUGGAGGACUCUGGUUCUGUUUCAGGGCCAGUUCUGCUUGUCCAGACCGAGGAGCAGACGCCACCCACAGGUUUGACUCCCAGGAUUCAUCCUCCCAUGACUGCAGGGCAACAGUCCGUCUUCCAGCAGCAGCAGAGACCGUUUGGACCGUCUCCGUCCUCCUCAGCUCUGCCCACCCCCCAUCCUCAGGGCCUCCCCGGCCUGAGUCCUCAGGGCCCCCCUGCCGUGCCCCAGCCCAACCUCCUCCUCAGCCCUCAGGGCCAACCCCCCCACCCGGGCCCCUCCACCCAGAGCCUGAGCCAGAGCCAGGCCAGGCACCUGCUCCUGGAGGAGCAGCCGCUCCUCCUGCAGGACCUGCUGGACCAGGAGCGCCAGGAGCAGCAGCAGCAGAAGCAGAUGCAGGCCCUGAUCAGACAGAGGUCCACCCCCACCACCGAGCCCGGGUUCCCCAGCAUGGACAUGGACUCUAUCUCAGACCCCAUCAUGAAGGCCAAGAUGGUGGCGCUGAAGGGGAUCAACAAGGUGAUGAGUCAGGGGAACCUGGGCCUCAACCCCAUGGUCAUCAACAGGUUCCAGCAGGCUCCAGCGGCCCCGGCCCCUGAGGGGCCUCCCCAGCCUCCUCCCCAUCCUCACCUGGUGGGACAGGAAGCCAAGUUGAACCCUCCGCUGGUACGACGCAACCCACCCAGCUUUGGCCCGGGCUUCGUCAACGAGUCUCAGCGGCGUCAGUACGAGGAGUGGCUCGGGGAGACGCAGCAGCUCCUCCAGAUGCAGCAGCGCCUCCUGGAGGACCAGAUCGCCGCUCACCGCAAGGUCCGGAAGGCUCUCUCAGCCAAGCAGCGGACGGCUAAGAGGGCCGGCCGGGUGUUUGCAGAGGAGGACGCUGCUCAGCUGCGCUACAUCACCGAGCAGCAAGGGGGCGUCCAGAAGCAGCUGGAGCAGAUCCGGAAGCAGCAGAAAGACCACACGGAGCUGAUCGAGGACUACAGGAGCAAACAGCAGAGACUGCUGCAGCUGCCCAACCCCCCCGUCAUCCCUGCCCAGGCCCCCCCCGCCCCCCAGGCUCCCCUCCCUCAGCCCAUGGUGCCCCUGCAGCCCCACCCGGGCGGCCCCGCUCCGGCCCGCGCCCCCAACAUCCCGCCUGGCUGGACCCCGGAGGCCGGAGCUCCGGUGCCACUGGGGCAGAGGAUCACGCCCCAUCUGCCCCCUCAGAUCCCCCCAGCCCUGCCCAGCAACCCCCAGAACCCUCCACACGCCCAGGGCCCCCCACACAGCCAGAACCCCCCAGCCAUGGGGCCUGCUCUCACAGCUCCAGCAGCAGCCUUCAGCUCCGGGCCCCGGGGCCCCACCGGAGGAGCCAACGGAGCCGCAGGGGAUGAAGCCACGUCCACGCCCCAGGUGAAGUUUGACGACAACAACCCGUUCAGCGAGGGCUUCCAGGAGCGCGAGAGGAGGGAGCGGCUGAGAGAGCAGCAGGAGCGCCAGCGCGUCCAGCUCAUGCAGGAGGUGGAGCGCCACCGGGUCCUGCAGCAGAGACUGGAGCUGGAGCAUCAGGACCUCCUGGGGGCCUCCAUGGGUCCUGGGUCUGGACCCAGCCCUGGGGGGCUGGCAGGAGCAGCGCCCGCCCCCGGUGGGGACGCCGUGUCACACAUGCCGCUCUUCAGCUCCGAGCCUGGACCUGGACCUGGACCAGCAGGACUGGACUUUCUCCAGUCCCCCCCCAGACCUCUACACCAGCACCAGGGCCAGGCAGGAGCCCAGUUCCCCCCCCAGCAGGGCUUCACCGGAGGACCCGUGCACCCUGGAACCCCCGCAGGUCCGGGUCCCCUCCCCGGGACCACGGUGGAGCGGGGCAGGGACGUGGCUCCAGCCGGGCCCAGGUUCCCAGGUUUCCCAGGACCUUCGGCCCAGGGACAGCUGGUCGUAGGGGCAGCAGGGACCCCCUCCCAUCCUGGAGUUCAGUGUCAACGGUUUGGACACGACUCUUCCUCCUCUUCCCCGUCCACGCCGCUGCCCCCCUCCUUCCCCUGCUCCUCCUCCGGGAGUCCCACCUCCCUCAUCCAGCUGUACUCCGACAUCAUCCCCGACGACAAACCAAAGAAGAAGAGGAACAGGAAGAAGGACGGGGACGACACCACCGGAGGAGGGAACAGAACACCACUAUCGUCGCACUCUGAUGACAUCACGGCCCCACCCACCCCAGCGGUCUCAGACACCUCCUGCUCCACGCCCACCCACCAGUCCGACGUAUUCCCUCCCAACUCGUCGUUUGAGCUGGAGAGGCAGCUGUCAGUGGGCUCUGUGGCCCAGCAGAGAGGAGCCCUGGGAGCAGCUCACCCCCAGGUGAAGCAGGAGCACGAGGAGUCCAGCGCCUGUGGGGGACGGGAGGUGAAGAGGGAGGAGGGGGGUGGUGAUUGGUUGUCCUCCGCCUCUCCUCUUCACGGGGGAGAUGGGGGAAAGGAGCUCCUCAGACACCUCCUGAAGGACAAGAUGUCACCUGCCACCACCCCCUCACCUACCAGACAGGCCCCGCCCACUGUGCUCCGCCCACCGUCCAAUGAGAGCGUCCGGUCCGACGACGAGGACGUGGUGACCAGCCCUGGUCUGGACGAGUCUGGCAGGAAGAAGACGCAGCGCUGCAAGAGACCGGCCCGGGCGGAGAAGGACAAGGCUCCUCCCAAAUACAAGAGGAGGAAGAAGCUGGAGGAGCAGAAGAGUGUCCACUCGUCUUCUGAGCCACUGAUGACACAACUCAGACAGCUGUCGGUGCUGCCCCUCAUGGAGCCGGUCCUGGGGCUGGACCUGAGCGUGUUCCCCCCGUACGGCUGCUCGUCCCUGGGCGGGGACUCCCGGCUCAGCGGCUCCUUUGGUAACGGCUGUCUGGAGGGAGUGACCGACUACUACUCCCAGCUCAUCUACAAGCAGAACAACCUGAGCAACCCCCCCACCCCCCCGGCCUCUCUGCCCCCCACCCCUCCACCUGUGGCCAGGCAGAAGCUGGUGAACGGCUUUGCUACGACCGAGGAGCUGGCCAGGAAGGACAUGAGUGAGCAGGAAGUUAAAGGUGUGUCCUCUCUGAAACAAAAAGGGGAGGGUCUUCUGGCCUUAAACCACUCCUCUAAGACGGUAGAUGUCCCGGCGUCCCUUCCAACCCCGCCCCACAACAUCCAAGAGGAGCUCAGAGUCCAGGACUCAUCGGGGCGAGACAGCCCAGACGGCUUCGUGCCGUCCUCGUCUCCAGAGAGCGUGGCAGACAUGGAGAUUAGCAGGUACCCCAACCUGCCCUUCAUCAAGCUGGAGCCCCCCUCGCCCUGCCCGUCACCCGUGUUACCCAUCAUGCCCAGCGCCCAAGGAAAAGGCUCUGCAGUGAAACGGGAAGUGAAGGCAGAGCCACAUCAUCACGGGGCUCCUUCCUGCUCCAACACAGACCUGGUUACCAUAGCGAUAACUCUGAAUCCUGUGGCAGCUCAGAACGUUGCAGGGGUGAUUGCAGCGAUGGCCGGGUUGCUCAAGGUUCCCUCUCCCGUCAACUUCCAACUGAGCAGAGCUGCCGGCCCUGAUCCCAGCUCUCUGGCCCUGCUGGCCGGAGUCCGUGUGCCACUGAUGCAGGGUUCAGCGGGCGGCAGCGAGCAGAGACCUCCCCCCGCAGCAGCAGGGCGACCUCAGGGCUGCAGCCACUGCAAGGGCAUGCUGGGAAACAGAGUCCAUGUUGUCAAGCAGCUCAAACAGGAGGGGCCCUCCAGACCAGAGUCCAGUCUGGUGUUCUGCAGCCCAAACUGUUCUGCUCUCUUCAUGUCCAACCAACACAACCAAUCUGCGGCAAACAAGCCUGCAGUUCCUCUCCUGCCGUCCAGCUCUGACCGCACUCUUCCCAUCCACGUUCUGCACCAGUACAGCAACAACAUGUCCUCCAUCGCUGUCCACUCCCUCCCCCAGACGCUGACCUCCUCCUGCUCCUCCUCCUCCCCGCCUCUCCUUUUCCCCCCAGCCUCAGCCAUCACCACGGAGACCAGGCCUCGUAUGGACAGCCUCAAGGUGAAAGUGAAGUUGAAGCCCCAUCCCCGGGCAGUCCCAGGUGGGGAGGACUCACUAUUGUCUCGACACGGAAAGAGGAUGAAGAGUUCGCGCUGGAGACGCUGGGGCGUGAGCAUCACACUCAGCAGGGGUCCUUGCGUUCCCAAUGAAGCGGUUGUCAAGCCAACGGAGGAGGAAGUGGACGUGCUGCUGAAUAAACUGGGUGCAUGUCUUCGUCCAGAUGUGGUACCUAAAGACCAGCGUAGGUGCUGCUUCUGUCACCAGCUAGGAGACGGACAGACCGAUGGCCCGGCCAGACUCCUUAACCUGGACCUGGACCUAUGGGUGCACCUGAACUGCGCUCUGUGGUCCAGCGAGGUGUACGAGACUCAGGCCGGCGCUCUCAUCAACGUAGAGCUGGCUCUACGGCGAGGACUGGCGGUGCGCUGCGCAUACUGCCAGCAGCCUGGUGCCACUAGCGGCUGUAACCGUCUGCGCUGCAUCAACACCUACCACUUCACCUGUGCCCUACACGCCAACUGCACCUUUUUCAAGGACAAGACGAUGCUCUGUCACCUCCACAAGCACCGGACGGUUCCUCUCAGUGGAGACCGGUCGUCGAGCUGCUCCCCCUCCUCCACGCCCGGGCUGGCGCCAGACCCGGUACCAGCCUGCGACCCGUACGACUCGGAGCUGCACUGCUUUGCCGUGUUCCGGCGGGUCUUCGUGCAGCGGGACGAGGCCCGGCAGAUAGCCGCUGUGGUCCAACGCGGCGAGCGCCAGCACACCUUUCGGGUGGGCAGCCUGCUCUUCCGUGCCAUCGGCAGGCUCCUCCCACAUCAGAUGAGCGCUUUCCACAAUAAGACCGCCAUCUUUCCUGUUGGUUACCAUGCCAACCGCAUUUACUGGAGUAUGCGCCACAGUAAUAGACGCUGCAAGUACAUGUGCUACAUCGAGGAGGAGGAGGGUCGGCCACUGUUCAAGGUGAAGGUGGUGGAGAGGGGACAUGAAGACCAGGUCCUGGCUGGUCCCAGCCCCAAAGCGGUGUGGGACCAGAUCCUGGAACCCGUGGCUCAGAUGAGGAGCUCCAGCGGGACCCUGAAGCUCUUCCCCAUUUACCUGAAAGGAGAAGAUCUGUUUGGUCUGAGCACGUCUGCAGUGACCAGGAUCAUCGAGUCUCUGCCCGGGGUGGAGGCGUGUGAGCGCUACACCUUCCGUUACGGCAGGAAUCCUCUCAUGGAGUGGCCUCUGGCCUUCAACCCCACCGGCUCCGCCCGCUCCGAACCCAAGGCUUCCCAAGUCAAGAGGCCCAACCUGCUGACCAGCGUGGCUCCUCGGUGUCAGGGCUCGGUGGGCUCCAUCGUGGGUCUGGUCCCCGGCGUCCUGUCUCUGUCCCCGGGGGAGUCUGUGGUCGGGGCUCACCAGGGCCGCCACUCCAAGACGGCCCAGUACCGCCGCAUGAAGGCCGACUGGAAGACCAACGUGUACCUGGCCCGCUCCCGCAUCCAGGGCCUGGGCCUGUACGCUGCCAGGGACAUUGAGAAGUGCACCAUGGUCAUCGAGUACAUCGGAACCAUCAUCAGGAGUGAAGUGGCCAAUCGGAAGGAACGGUUGUACGAAUCUCAGAACCGAGGCGUGUACAUGUUCCGGAUCGACAACGACUUCGUGAUUGAUGCCACCAUCACUGGAGGACCUGCCAGGUACAUCAACCACUCGUGUGCUCCCAACUGCAUCACAGAAGUGGUGACGGUGGAGAAGGAGAACAAGAUCAUCAUCAGCUCCUGCAGACGCAUCCAGCGAGGAGAGGAGCUCUCUUACGACUACAAGUUUGACCUGGAGGACGAUCAGCACAAGAUCCCGUGUCACUGUGGAGCCGUCAACUGCCGCAAAUGGAUGAACUGAACUCUUUCUCUCUCUCUGUCACACACACACACACACACACACACACACACACACACACACAGGCAGCUCUCUCUCUUGGUGCUGAAGCUACAUGUUGAUUGCCCACACUGCUUCAUGGGCCGAGCUCAUAUCAGCUCAUCUUGAUUAAUAAUGAUAAAGCUGAUCGAUUUGAAUAAUAAUAAUAAUAAUGGGAUGAUUGACAGCUGAGGGGGCGGGGUUAUAUAGCUGGGUGGGCGGGGCCUUAUAGGGGGACUCCAAGCCGUAAUGUUGUUGAUUGACAGCUGGAAGCGGGGCUUGAGAAGAGGCUGGUCCUCUGUGUACAUGUAUGUAAAUGUGAGUGUAAACGCCACUGAAAUACAGAAUGUCGUCCUUGAACUUGCACUAAAACACAAAAAUGACAAAAAAAUAACUAAAAACACCAACAUACUUGAUUCCACGAGUCCCCCCUUCCUCCUCUUCCUCCCCCAUCUUUGAUAAUUUCCUGUAAAAUAAGAGUUUUUUUUCUUUUUUGUAUUUAUUACUGAAUGAAGCUAUUUUCUAAAGCUGCGGUGCAUUCAAGGUCCUGAGUGGCAGCGUGUAAAUAUCUGUACCAUACAUGAAAAAUUCAGACACAAUGUUUGGGAAUCACUCCACUGAGAAGCCCCUCACCCUCCUCAUCCUCCUUGGUUCCUGCAGCUGAGUGUUGAUUGGACGGGACCCCCCCCCGGGGGGGAGUCCCCGGGGGGGGGUCCUGCAGCCUGUACAUAGAAGAUUUUGUGAGACUCAGCUGAUGUGUACAGAUGGAUGACACCGAGCCUUGUUUUUGUUUUUUAUUAACAGAUGUAAAAGUGAUGAUGUUUUUGUUUUGGGGAAAUAUGGUGAAUCUGAUUUAGAAUCAUUUACAGAAAAUAAAAUAUUUUACUUUUCAAGAAA